UACUGAACACGACUUGUCACCACCGUCCCCUCGAAUCUAGUCUCUUGCUGCUUGUCGGUCGCAUGCUGCGAAACUGGCAGUCUUUAUUCGUGACGCUUUGUAACGCGAACAACCAUUGAAUGUCCGCAAGUGAGUCCUUAGCUUCCACCUUCCGUAUCACCCCUCGUCUGGCGACAGAUCUCCUCUCCCUCAUGUGCUGGACUCCGAGAGUUGAUGAGAAGUCGCUGUACCAAAAUCUCUGGUAUGUGCUCCCGGGUCCUACGGCUCCACAUCAAUAUGAUGGGGUAGACGGAAGAAACUGGCACGAUUGAAAAUCCUGGCUCUGCAUUCAGCAGAUACUAUUCCUGAGUUAAAGGACUCUAU